ACACCGUCCAACACACAUUUCCAAGUUCAUUAAGUUUUCUUUGUUGUAAUUCCUCCAAAAUGGACUGGUACGUGGGCACAGAGUGGGAGGACAAGAGCCGAGGUCUGGCCAAGAAGGUACUGGACGUCCAGUUUACCGAAAUGGAAAAACCUACGACAGUCAGCACGGUGGAGUUCAGUGUCAACAAGAAGUGCGUCAACUUGGGAGGACGACCUAGCAAGUACUUGUCCAGCGAUGAAUCCUCAAAGUAUCCCCAACUGCACAGCUUGGAAAUGGGCACCAGUCUGACCGCAGUGGACUGUUAUGUAGAGCUCCUCCUGCAGCAACUUGUUCCCGGCGAAACGGCAGCUUGCAGCAUCACAAGCAAAACCGGCGAAAUAAUUGAGUUUGAGCUAAAGCUGGAGAGGAUUGUUAAAAACACGCAAGUGGAGAAGCUGGACGCUGCUCAGAUCUACGAGGUGGCACUGCGCCUCAAGGAGAGCGGCGUGGCCACCUUCAAAACGUUCCCGAAAUUUGCCUUUGAUUACUUUGUGCGGGCCGCCAAGCUGCUGAUCACCUACAAACCCUUCAACCAACUGACCAAGAAGGCGAAUGGCAUCAACGGCCAAGAGGUGGAGACGCUUUUCAUCCAGAUACAGACCAACUUGGCGGCCUGUCUGCUGCAGGAGAAGCGCUAUGAGCACGUCAUCUACCACACGCAGUUCGUGGAGACGGAGGAGGGUCCCAGCGAGAAGGGCAUCUACCGGCGGGCGCUGGCCUACUACCACAUGAAAGAGUUCGCCAAGGCGCAGGCUACGAUCGAGCGGUUGCCCAACUACGAGGAGAAGCGAGAGUUCAGCAAGCUGCGCGACAACAUAGCGGCCAGCUGGAAGGAUAGUAACGCCCAUUACAAGGAGGUGGUGCAGCGCAUGUUCAGCUAGUUCCCAUUGAUAACAUCUUCAUGUCAGUUUAUAAAAUAGCCUAUGUUUAAUGUA